AUGAUUGAAAAAGAAGCAUCAGCAGCUGAAAAAAAAUAUGAAGCUAGUCGAAAAAAAGCAUUAAAUGCAAUGAAAAAAUCUGGUGAUAUUGAAACAGCUCGUAUCUAUGCUGAAACUGCUAUACAAAAUCGAACAUCACAUAAUCAAUUUCUUACGAUGGCUUCUCGUAUUGAUAGUGUUAUUUCUAAAGUUCAACAAGCUAAUGCACAAAAUAUUAUGGUUAACAAUAUGAAACAAGUUAAUAAAAUGCUUGAACAUGUGAAUAAAGAUAUGAAUAUUUCCGAAUUAGCUAAAAUUAUGGAACAAUUCGAACAAUCAUUCGAAAAUUUUGAUGUUAAAGAACAAGUAAUGAGUAAUGCAAUGAAUCAAGCUAUGGCAACAAGUACACCAACUGAAGCUGUACAUGAUCUUUUACGUCAAAUAGCUGAAGAAAAUAAUUUAGAUAUUCGUGCACAACUUGAUGCUAUUCCAUCUGUUCAAAAUACAGUACAAACACCAGCACAACAAGAAGCUGCAGCACAAAAUACUCGUUUAGCUGCUCUUCGUCAUGCUACUUAA